GACGACGACAAAUGGAUGGAGCGUUGAGCCAAAUCGGGAGGUUGGCUGGCUUUUGCUCGAGUCAAGACGACCCCCGUCGAGAUCGGACUGCCGCAAAAGAGUGAGCCAACGGCGAAGGAUCCUUCCCCAUCGAGAUCGGACCUCCGCCUCCUCGCCGGCGAGCGAUAAGCUUCCGGGAGUCCUGCGGCGUUUGAGUUAUGGCGCCGCGGCGAAAGAAAUGGACGGAGGAGGAGGAGCGCUCCCUCCUCAAGAAGUACGCCGGGAUGGUGGCGGAUGGCUCCCUUUCCUGCCUUCGCAGCAGGGAACGCCGCUUCCGCCUUGUCGCGGCCCAUGUCAACGCCGCCCACCACGCCGUCAAACCCUCUGCCUAUCCCUUCCUCUGGACCUGGAAGGACGCCGCCACCAAGGUCCACAACAUGCGCCAUCAGUACCUUCUCGCCAAACGCAAGUUGCUGGCCCUCGACCCGCCGCGCUCCGCCUCUGUGGAUGUGGCCGAGCAACGAGGGGUCUCCCACUGGCCCAAUUUCCUCCUCUACCGUUCCGUCUUCGGCGACGCACCCUUGCCCGAUCCAGCCCCCGGAGGGGCCUUCGACAACGACGGCGAACUCGGGUUGGGGCUUGGAUUCGACUCCAAGCCUGAAGGCGGAGACGAAGGAGCCGAUCAGGAGGUCGAGGAGGAGGACGAAGGUUUCGAUUUCAAUGAAGUGGUACCCAUCGCGGCGGAGCCGCCUCCGCCACCGGCUGCGGAUAUGAGUAGUAUGAAGGCGAGAAACGCAACGCGGGCCGAGAUGCGGCUAAGGGAGUGGGAGGCGAGGAUGGAGGAAAGGGAUGAGGAGCGGGAGAGAGCGAGGAAGGAAAGGGCGAAAGCGGCGUUGGAAGCGGAAGAGGAGAGGGAGCAGAGGAGGAGGCAGGCACGGCAUCAGUGGAUGGAGGAGGAGCCGGAGUGGGAGGAGCGGAUGGAUGGAAGGAGGCAAGAGUGGAAGAAGCGGGUGGAAGGGAUGCUUAGUGAGCACAGAGCCGAGAUAGAGGGGAUUCAAGCAAGGAUCCUUCACGAGCAGCAGAGUCUGAUAGGGCAGCUCCUCGGAGUGCUGUCACAGCGGCCUCCUAGCCCUGUGUUUGGAGGGCUCUCAGAUGGUGGUGGCAGUAGCACAGCACUGGGAAAUCACCAUCAGCUGGCACACAGCCAUCCAGUUCCCUAUCUGUCUCAGAUGAUACAGGGGCUCCACCACGUGACCGGAAUUGUUCCAGGAGAGCAACGGGCUGGUGGAGAUGGACCCGAUGAUCACUUUAUGGUUGAUGAUUGACCUCUUCGAUCUAGAUUAAGGAUUGCAAUAGAGAAUUCUGAUGUCAGAUGUUCUUCAGAAUCAAUAGAGAAUUCUGAUAUCAGUGUCUAUUAGGCAGGCCUCUGCCAUGGUCAUUCUUUCAUUUCUAAGCUGUAAGGUAUGAUGCUAUCUAUUCAUUCUAGCUGCCAUAUUCAUAUUCGUUAUACUCCAUAUGAACUAAUCUCUACAUACAAGUUGAUUGGCUUCUCAGGGUUUUCUAGUAACUCAGUUGUUGCAUUGAUGCCAUUGUUGCAAGGGAAGAAUGACCAGCUUGGAACAACUGGAAACCCCUUCAAAUGCCCGUGUGGAAUAUCUCGGUGGUUAGACAACCAUUUGUUGUUGGCCUUUUAGAACUUGGAAAUACCCAAGUGAGUGAGAAAUUGUUCGACCUAAUCUGGAAUUGAAAUUCAUAUGAAACUUAUGGAAUUUGGUUUCAUGCUUAGCAAAGGAAGUAGCAUUGUAGGCUUUUGUAAGUUGAAGAUUGUUUAUUUAUAUGAAAGUAGAUACCAAUCGAUUACACUUUCACAUUGGCAAUCCAGUAAGGAUGGGAACAUGAACAAUAAAUUGCCUCUUAUCUAAUUAUAUAAUAAAUAAUCUUUUUGAAACGGAAGGAGGAAGGAAUCCUUUGGUGGCCACGACCAGCCAAGUGAGUUUGAGAUUGUGGCCGCAAUGCUGUGAACACACGACAACCGCAGAGAGGUCAGUUGCAACAGCCGUGUCGCAAGUUCAUGACCUCUCCAUGGCUGGACGGAUUUGGAAUAUGUCUGUCUAUUAUUUUUUCAAUAGAUUAAAUGGAGCAAAGUAUCUUGAUUCUCAUGCAAUCCAUCUUUUCUCUAAUCUGCACAUCCGAGUAAACAAUAAACAAAGCAUUAAUGUCACAUAAACACACACGUGCAUGCGCGCGCGCACACACAAGAAGUGAUGGUUUACAUUUGAGUUGUGGUUGACUAAUGGCUUUAUUUGAGAUUCUUAGUAAGUCAUAACCAUCUUUCGGUUACAUUUUUUCUUCUAACUUAAGAUAAAUUGUCUUUUCUUGCUAAAGGAAGUUGAUGAUUAUGUAAGUAUAUGAUCCAUUGGUAGUGAGUAUGGUUCUUGCGCCAAGGAGAAGGCCAUUUUAAAGAGUUCUAGUUGAACAUGAAAUUGGUCCUACUUGGUCAUUGUGAAACCUAAUUUGCUUGAAAACUUAAGCUGCAGUUUCCAUUCUAAUACCAUCUAAUCAUUGUAUAUCCUUCCUGAAAAGAUUAAGCUGAUGGGUUGGAUAAACAUUAAUAUUAUUGUUGUUGUAAUUAAAUCUUUCAUGUUUUUUCUUCAUGCUGUAGGGUAUACAUACUGUUAUACACCUUCAUCCAGUUGUAGAUCACACUUCUAAUACUAAAACAACUAGUGUAGGCAAGGGAGAAGCUGAUUGAAGAGCAGCAUCUAGAGAGAAUUUUGAGCUAGCAUCUCUAUUUGGUAUUCACUGUGGAAAAACUCGUGAUGAUUGUUAAACCAACAUUGUUUAUCACUUUUUGACAGAGUAAAUUCAUCUGAAUUGUCCAUGCAACAUGGGCAAGCUAACCGCCCUGCAGUACUCCAAUUAGAAAACAUUGGAUACGUUGAAAAAUCACUGAUUAGCUCUUGUAUGAAAAGUUUUGCUUUUUGAAA